AUCUUCGCCAAUCACAGCCACGUAUUUCAGAUCCCACCCAAACGCUCCAAUAUCCUCGCAGCAAUGUCGGAGCAGCAGCCUGCGGUGUCUCCGGCCUUACCCGAGGACCGGGAGGCGUGGCUAAAGACUGGGAGCAAGUUGCCAGCCACUGGAGACCCCGAUACCACCAAGCCCAGCGACGAGGGCGACGAUAAGGACGAUUCCAACCCCUUCUCGCAGUACUAUGGGAUGCUGCUGCAUCAACAAAACAUGCUCCAAGACCACGUACGCACGGGCACCUACGAGCGCGCAAUGCUCUCCAAUCCGACAGAUUUCCGGGAUAAGGUGGUGCUGGACGUGGGCACUGGAUCCGGCAUUUUAGCGUUCUUCGCUAUCAAGGCUGGUGCUCGUAAAGUGUACGCCGUGGAACUGAGCAACAUGGCCGAAUGCGCUCGCGAACUGGUAGCCGCCAACGGACUCAGUGACCGCAUCACAGUCAUCAAAGGCAAGAUGGAGGAGGUGGAGCUUCCUGAGCAGGUUGACGUCGUGGUGUCCGAGCCCAUGGGCUUCUUCCUCGUGCAUGAGCGCAUGCUGGAGACAUUCGUCACUGCUGGCAAGAAAUGGCGGCGCCCGGCGCCCAGCUUUAAGAUGUUCCCGUCUAUCGGCACCAUGUUCAUGUCGCCCUUCUCGGACGACAGCAUCUACCGAGAGCAGAUGGCCAAGGUGGCAUUCUGGCAGCAGCAGGACUUUUACGGCGUCAAUCUAUCGAGUCUUCGGACGCGAGCAAUGGACAACCACUUCUCGCAGCCCGUCGUUGGAUACUUCCCUCCUGACAUUCUGCUGAGUUCGCGUUUCGCUGAGCAUGUAUUAGAUUUUGCUGAUAUCACCAAGGACCAACUCGAUACCUUUGACUUCCCGUUCCACUUUGUGGUUGAACGCACCGCUAUCAUGCACGGACUCGGCUGCUGGUUCACCGUCGAUUUCUUGGGAUCAGAUGCACGAGUAGUGCUCAGUACAGCGCCACACGAUGCAGGAACACAUUGGUACCAGUGCCGCCUUCUACUCUCCACCCCGAUCGCUGUUAAUGCAUCGCAGAGUGUUAGCGGCAAUCUCCACUUCGUGUCAAACAAGAAAUUCAGCUACGAUAUCGACCUCGAAGUUCGUCUUGAUGGGACUUCGAUUGUGUCACGGAAUCAUAUUCGGUUGCAUGACCAGAUGUACCAUUAUCUGUACUCUCCUGGCGCUACUUCGGGAGCUGCUACAACCGACGGAACGCAACAAUCGAACUCGUCGUACUGAGGUUAUGACAGCUUCGAGUGUUAGACGAGAAAGAAGACAGGCAGGUUUAACAAGAGCGAACAAAUGAGCUAAAUAUCGCGACACAUAUAUAGGGAACAUUGGAGCCACGGUAGGCUACGGUACCACUUCACUUGUCAAGCGCUGUCUCGACACCCAUAAUAUGGUCGAUCGCCUUCCUCACACACGGAUCGAAGGCCGCACUGGACGCAGCGGCUGUCGUUUUUUGCUGCUUUGGCGAGUUGCCGUUGAUCGUUUGAGCAGGGUACAUCUCCAUAUCGGGGACGACUUCGGUGGCCGGAAUGCCCACACCCUCAAACAGCUCAUUGUCCGCACUGAAGAUCCGCUGGUACGGGAUUUCCACUGUCCAAUAGUUUGGCAAACGCAACUGCCGGGUGGGGGACAGACUCCCGGCGGUGCUAGCUCCGAUUCGGGACGUUAGCGGACGCUUCAUCAACGACAGACACAGCAACUCCGCCGUACUAUUAUCAUAGCGACAUCAGAACAGCAAGGUUAGACCAGGUACACUUUCAUCCUAAAAGAUCUGUCCUUACCCGCGAGUAUAUUGGCUCUGGAGCACAGCCAACGGGCCCCGGUAGCGC